AUGGUGAGUGGUAUUGAUAUUAACCAUAAAUAUGACCGAAAGGUCCGAAGAACGGAACCUAAAUCACAAGAUGUGUAUCUCCGUUUGUUAGUAAAGUUGUACAGACUUUUGGCCAGAAGAACUAAGGCCAAGUUCAACAAAAUAAUAUUGAGAAGAUUGUUUAUGUCAAGAAUUAACAGACCUCCCAUAUCUUUGGCCAGAGUAACGAGGUUCAUGAAAAAACCUGGACGACUAGGAAGAAUAGCCGUUAUUGUUGGCACUGUCACAGACGAUCAGAGAAUUUAUAAAAUACCCAAAAACCUCAUAUGUGCAUUGAGAGUUACUGAAAGAGCAAGAGCUAGAGUUUUAGAAAAUGGAGGAAAAAUUAUGACAUUUGACCAAUUGGCAUUAAAAUCUCCAUUAGGAAAAAACACAGUUUUAAUGCAAGGUCCCAGAAAUGCCAGAGAAGCUGUCAAACACUUUGGAAGAGCUCCUGGUGUUCCUCGCAGUCACGCUAAGCCUUACGUUCGUUCUAAGGGACGAAAAUUUGAAAGGGCUCGUGGAAGAAGGAAAAGUUGCGGCUAUAAAAAAUAG